CUCCCAGGGGCGGUGAUUUGGCCGUGGCUGCUGAGGGAGGUGGUGGUGUGGAUCUGUCUUCGAGGAGCUCAGCAUGGAGAGAAUUAGUGGGCGCUGUGAAGUCUUGAGCCGGGCCAUGGACCAGCCAGCCGGCCUGCAGGUGGAUUACGUCUUCCGGGGUGUGGAGCACGCUGUGCGGGUGGUGGUCUCGGGGCAGGUGCUGGAGCUGGAGGUGGAAGACCGGAUGACAGCUGACCAGUGGCGGGGCGAAUUCGACGCCAGCUUCAUUGAAGAUUUGACUCACAAGACAGGAAACUUCAAACAGUUCAACAUCUUCUGCAACAUGCUGGAGUCGGCCCUUACCCAGAGCAGUGAGGCAGUGACUCUGGACCUGCUGACCUACACAGACCUGGAGUCUCUGCGGAACCGCAAGCUGGGUGGCCGCCCGGGCACCCUGGCCCCCAGAUCAGCCCAGCUCAACUCCAAGCGCUACCUGAUUCUCAUCUAUUCUGUGGAGUUUGACAGGAUUCACUACCCGCUGCCCCUCCCAUACCAGGGCAAGCCAGACCCUGUGAUCCUGCAGGGCAUUAUCCGGUCGCUGAAGGAGGAGCUGAGUCGCCUUCGGGGGCUGGAUGCCUGGGACACGCAGGACACGCGGGACACUGAGAUGUGGCACCUGCGGGAGCAAUGCUUCGGUCUGCACCCCUCCUACGUAAAACGGACACAAAGAACACAAGCGUGGUUAGCAUGCCGGACACAACCACCGUCUUCUAAUUCCAGCUGGCACCCGGUGUGCACGCAUUCAGACUUCUCUGUUCUACACGCGUCUUUUUGGAUUGGUUUGCUUGUUACUGUGUUUCUUAAAUCUUUCCCAGCCCCUUCCUCGUGUGGGCGCGCACCGCGCUUCGACCCCACGGCCUUCGUGAAAGCCAAGGAGAAGAAGCAGAGGGAGAUCAAGAUGAAGCAGCAGCAGCGGAACCGACUGGGCAGUGGAGGAAGUUCACACCGCAGCUCCUCCGGUAAGCGGCCUGGAGCCCGGGCGGCUCGCUGGGCGGCGGACUGGGCCGGCUCCUCCGUGGACAGUUUCCGCAACCGCUGCUCCUCGGCCAGCUCCUGCAGCGAGUUCGAGGAUUUCUCCGAGUCUCUCUCCAGAGGCCUUCGCUGUCGCCGCCGCGGAAAGCCACCCAGCCCCACACCUUGGAGUGGGUCUAAUACAAAGUCCUCCCCCCGAGAAUGCAGCAGUCAGAGACGCCUGGCCAGUUCGGGGGGCUGGGUCCCCAUCAAAGAGUACAGCUCGGACCACCAGGCAGCUGACAUGGCCGAGAUAGACGCCCGCCUGAAGGCCUUGCAGGAAUAUAUGAACCAGCUGGACACGCGGUCCUGACCAUGGAGAGGUGCCACUGCCUCUCCACCCUGCCCGCCAGUGGGUAUGGCACAGGAGCAGGGCCAGGGCCGGGCUGCCCUUCCAGGUGCCCCGGGGUCUCAGGUGUGUGAGGUCCCGACCCUGCCCUCUCCCUAGGCAGUGGGUACUGGAAGGGUAUGUACAUUUUGUAAAUAAACGUGUUCGUCCUCGGGACCCGUUAGCUUAUGACUGAAGGGUGGGUGGAGUGGGGAGAAGCGAGGAAGAUGGGGAGAUAAAAUUGGGACCUGUGGAUAUUUCUGGCCAUGUCUGUGACGGCAGGCAGAUGGGAAUUCAAGCUCAGG